AUGGGAGCUAAUGAAAAGAAUGUAGAGAAUAAAGAGUAUCGUCUUCCACGAGAAGUGAAAGAAGCUCUGCAAGCAAUAGCGUCAGAGUGGGAAGAUGUGAUUGACUCAAAGGCUCUGCUUGUGAUUCCUUUGAAAGGUGCAAUGACCAAUGAGGUGUUUCAGAUCAAAUGGCCAACGAGAGAAAGUGGACCUUCGCGUAAGGUUUUGGUUAGGAUUUACGGUGAAGGCGUUGACAUAUUCUUUGACCGUGAGGAUGAGAUCAGGACGUUUGAGUUCAUGUCAAAGCAUGGUCAUGGACCUUUGUUGUUAGGCAGGUUUGGCAAUGGUCGUAUCGAAGAGUUCCUCCAUGCUCGGACUCUAUCUGCUCCUGACUUGCGUGAUCCUGAAAUAUCUGGACGCAUAGCAAGUAGGAUGAAGGAGUUUCACGGUCUUGAAAUGCCUGGUGUGAAGAAGGCUUUGCUUUGGGAUAGAUUAAGGAAUUGGCUGAGUGCGUGCAAGAGACUGGCUUCGCCAGAAGAAGCUAAGUCCUUUCGUCUCGAUGUUAUGGAGUAUGGGAACAUUAUGAUGGAUGAAGAGACCAAAGCAAUAACCAUCAUUGAUUAUGAAUAUUCAUGCUACAAUCCUGUGGCUUAUGACAUUGCCAAUCACUUCUGUGAGAUGGCUGCUGAUUACCACACUGAAACACCUCAUAUCAUGGAUUACAGUAAAUACCCUGGUGUGGAGGAGCGUCAACGAUUUCUGAAAACGUAUAUGAGUUCUUCAGGUGAAGAGCCGAGCGAUGCUAUGGUCGAAAAACUCCUUGAAGAUGUUGAGAAAUACACACUGGCUAGUCAUCUUACUUGGGGUUUAUGGGGGAUUAUAUCGGAACAUGUGAAUGAAAUCGACUUCGACUACAUGGAGUACGCAAGACAAAGGUUCGAGCAGUACUGGUUAACAAAGCCGAGGCUCCUUGGUAAUGCUUGA